AACCCUAUACAAAACUUUCCCUCUUCCACUCUGUGAAAUCAAAACCCCCAUUCUCUCCGCCCACUCUCUCUCUCUCUCUCUCUACACAAAACACGUACACAUUGUGCACGCUCGUCUACAUCUCUCUCUAGGUUUUCCAUUUCUCCGAUCGAGCAACCAUGUCUCUCAGACCGAGCGCGAGAACCGAGGUCCGCCGCAACAGGUACAAGGUCGCCGUCGACGCGGAAGAAGGAAGGAGGAGGAGGGAGGACAACAUGGUCGAGAUCCGGAAGAACCGAAGAGAAGAGAGCUUGAUGAAGAAGCGACGGGAAGGCGGCAGCGUCCAAACCGCUACUGUUCAACCUGCUUCCAAGUUAGAGCAUCUACCUGCAAUGGUCGCGGGUGUUUGGGCUGACGAUGGGAUUUUGCAGCUAGAGGCGACUGCUCAAUUUCGGAAGCUGCUAUCCAUAGAGCGGAGUCCUCCAAUCGAGGAAGUUAUUCAAACAGGGGUUAUUCCACGAUUUGUUGAGUUUCUUAUGAGGGAGGACUUUCCACAACUUCAGUUUGAGGCUGCUUGGGCUCUCACAAAUAUUGCUUCUGGGACAUCUGAGCACACUAAUGUGGUAAUUGACCAUGGCGCUGUUCCAAUCUUUGUGAAGCUUCUUGGUUCUCCUAGUGAUGAUGUUAGGGAGCAGGCAGUCUGGGCAUUGGGAAAUGUUGCUGGUGAUUCUGCCAAAUGCCGUGAUCUUGUCCUUGGCCAUGGAGCUUUGCUUCCUUUACUGUUGCAGUUGAAUGAGCAUGCAAAGCUUUCAAUGCUCAGAAAUGCUACCUGGACACUUUCAAAUUUCUGUAGGGGCAAGCCACAGGCUGCUUUUGAUCAGACAAAGCCUGCACUCCCAGCUCUUCAGCGUCUUAUUCACUCGAAUGAUGAUGAAGUCUUGACAGAUGCAUGCUGGGCCCUCUCAUAUCUUUCGGAUGGUACAAAUGAUAAAAUUCAAGCUGUUAUUGAUGCAGGUGUAUGCCCUCGACUGGUUGAGCUUUUACUUCAUCCAUCCCCUUCUGUGCUAAUUCCCGCUCUUCGUACGGUUGGUAACAUUGUCACUGGAGAUGACAUGCAAACUCAGUGUAUUAUCAAUCACCAAGCAUUACCUUGUCUAGCGAACCUGUUGGCAAGUAAUCACAAGAAGAGUAUCAAGAAGGAAGCUUGUUGGACAAUCUCAAACAUCACUGCUGGCAACAAUGAACAGAUUCAGGCUGUGAUUGAGGCCAAUAUUUUUGGCCCUCUUGUUCACCUGCUUCAAAAUGCUGAGUUCGAGAUCAAGAAAGAGGCUUCAUGGGCAAUCUCAAAUGCCACAUCUGGUGGUACUCAUGAACAAAUCAAGUACCUUGUUAGCCAAGCAUGUAUAAAGCCGUUAUGUGAUCUUCUUGUAUGUCCCGAUCCAAGGAUCGUCACAGUCUGUUUAGAAGGACUUGAAAACAUCUUGAAAGUUGGGGAAUCUGAGAAGUUAUUGGGCCGUAGUGGAGAUGCGAAUCUCUAUGCUCAAAUGAUCGAAGAUGCGGAUGGGUUAGAGAAAAUUGAGAACCUGCAGAGCCACGACAACACUGAGAUUUAUGAGAAGGCGGUGAAGCUUCUGGAGACAUAUUGGUUGGAGGAAGAUGAUGAGCCACUGCCCCCUGGUGGUGCACCGUCCCACCCGGGAUUCCAAUUUGGAGGGAGCGAGCUCACUGUUCCUGCUGGUGGAUUUUCUUUCAACUGAAGGUGUGCUCGCUUCGUCUCGAAUUUCAUUAGUUGACUCUGCAAUCUGCUGGAAUCCCCUCUUCUUCUGGAUCCUUUCCUAUGUAAUCCCUCUGUCCCUGUUUUGUUUGUCAGUUUUUGGGGGCCUCAUUCAACCACUUGUUCGCAGAGCUAUGUAGUUGUCAUUACCAUUGUAGUAAUGGAUAAAUUUGUCCCUAUAUUGAGUUAGUUGCUGGGUGGUUUUGGCACUUCAAAACCUUGCUUUUGCAACUUUGUAGUUAAGGCAGACAAGAUGACUUUCAUUUCCUUAAUGUCAGUAUGGUUUUCUUUCUUGGUUAAAAGAAA